GCAACCAUUUUUCUUGAAAGCUCAAACUGUUUAACAGUGUUGCUCAGAGGAGAUUUACACAAUUAGCAUUUACAGUUGUACAGAGUUGCAUCUCGGACUGUAUAGAAAUGAACAACAUGACAGCACAAAUGGGAAGCCAAAACAUCUUGAUUGCCCCCUGGUGGCUGGCUCCAGUAAAGGUCUGUGCUCCAUGUUAGCAGAUGGGACAUGAGCCAAAAUAAAACCUUCAAGCACACAUCAAAUAAAUGUUUGUCCAAGAAGAUUUCUGUCACUUUAGGUAGAUUUUAAUUAGUUAUUUGAUGCUAUAAAAAUGCAGUGAAGUGUCAUGAUUAACUGCUGAGUGCUGCUCGCAACUGAGUUGGGCAGACAUAUGGGCAGGAACUCAAUACUGCGAGUUCACAAACUUAUCAGCCUCUGGAAGUGAUGUCACUAGAGCAAAAUGACAGUUCUCAUAUCUAGGCGGUGGAUGCAGGCUGUCUGAGGGGCAGUGGUGAAAAAAAAUAUAAGGGGCACCAGCUGCAUGCAGUGGGAAACGAGUGGCAGAAAAUUAUGUGUAUUUAUGAUGAAGCAGUUCCAAAUCCUAGUUAAGAUUGAAAGUGUUUCAUUAUGUGGCUCAUAUCUAAAGUAUCACUACAAUACCUCUUAAAUAAAAACACACAGGGAACUACUAUUUAACCAUCAAGAGGCAUGUAGAGGCCAAUUCAUUUUCUACCAUUUCGGCCUGUUGAACACUGCAUUAUGUUUUCUCCUCUGGAGUGGUGCAAUAGAGGGCACUUUAUCAUGUAUUAUCCACCAGUGAGAUGGCUAACUAACCGUGCUCCCAGCACCAUGAGGAAGAUGAGGAAGUUACCUUGUUGCCUCUACAAUGACAUGCUUGCCUAGCCUGGUGUUUGUCUGAGUUUGCUCGACUGCUAUCCGUAGGUCACAUGCACUGGUUGAUAUUUACAGCUGACUUGUGAUGUUGUGUCCAAAUUUUCCAGGCAGUUAUUCAGUUAAUGACAUGGCCAAUAAAAAACAUAUUCACAAUGCAUUUAUAAGAUUGUUUUACUACUAAUAUGACCUGGAAGAGAUUCCAAGAAACUGAGACCUCUAAAGAACGUUUUUAUGUAAUCAGUCAUUAUCUAACCAAAGCUACUAUGCUUUUCUGCACUACUAUUAACAGUAUUAAGGUAAAAUCCUGUCAUGACUGCAUGCAUUUGCACAGUGGCCUGGCUUUUAGUUCUCCACUAUCAAUGAUUUACUAACAUCGUGCUAAGAUUACAGCUGCUUCCUCCUUCACCUGGACCUCCUGUCAAACCCUCUCUAAACCCCCCUACUGUACAACCGAUGACUACAACCUCCAUCUGUGACCCCUGUCCAUUAAAGAAUGACUUUUGAACUCGCAGGUCACCACCACAGUGUAAGCUGUGGCACUUGACCUUAAGAAAUAGUUAAUCACUGCAGUUUAAGGUUUAGGUGCCAUGUAUGGAAAGAAAAGUGCCAUGUUCAAGCCCCUCAGGCAGCAAUCACUUCUUUCUCCCUGGGCCCAAACUCCAGCAAACAACGACUCUUAGCCAAAAAGCAAGUGGAACAAAUUCCUGUGUGACGCAAGGAUGGUUGUAAAAGUUCACAUCAAAGUGCUCUGCAGUGUUGCUGCAGAGAUGCUGUUGCUGUUGAACUUUGUAAAUAUGUGCAAGAUGGCUCUCUUUGUAUGGAAACAGAGUAGAAAGAAAACUCUUAACUCUCCACCUUAGUUUAUUCCCUAAAGAUUUUGCAGUCUAAAUAUCUAAAAAUCUAGCUAGAUUUCCAUUGCCAAAAGUCUUUUGGUCUACACAGCUGUCUCCUUUCCCUGCACUAUCUCACUCAUUUCUUAUUCAAACACAAAAUCAGAAAUUAGGCCCCUCCAUAGCUGUUAUUACACACGGACUCUUCCUGUGCACUCACAUCUCAACUUUAUCUCAACGUCUGCAAACUUUUUGUGGCUCAAGAAACCCUACAGCGUAAGCAGUGUUACGUUGCAGUUUGAAACACGAGAUGCAGUGUGUGUGCCAGCCCUUACAGGUUACACAGAUAUGUAGGCUACACACACAUGUGCCUCCAAAAACCCAACCCCAUGUUCUCUCCAUAAGACACAGACACAGGCAAAGUAUGGGACUGCCAGACAAGGCGAUGUAUGAUGAGAUAUGUUUGUCAUGAGCUAAUGUCCCUCCACAUGGACAGUGAUUACAGAAAAUAUCCACAAUGAACGUUCAGUGAAUAGCCCUUAUGGUCCCCUCUGAAUGAAAGAGUAUAUUGUUAAAAGAAGAUAAACACAUAUACACGUAAACAUGUCUCACUAUCCCUCUGGGAACAGCUAGUUCUUAUGCUCCUUAAUCAGAGCUACUUCAUUUACAGAGCUAUAAUUCAUCUUUAAUCCUGCAUCAAUUGAUUUUUUGGCCACUCGACAGGGCAGGUACAGCAGGUUGUAAACACAGUGCUGACAUAUUAUCAUCUUGUAAAGAUGAUAAUGUCAAACAUGUUUGCAAACACUUGAUUAUGUACACAUUCAGCAGACAUGAACAACAUUAGCAUUAGGGUGACAUUAGCAUUAGCAUCCAACAAAUGAAGCUCUUUUGCUCUUCACCGACACCUGAGAAAAAUAUGUGACUCUUUGGCCUCUAAAUGCUCCACUCAGUUCACCAGCUAGUCACUUUUUUUCUUGUCUGACAUUUGUUGCUGAGCAGACAGAAUAGGCUACUAGGUUUAUCAGAACUUGUUAACCUAAACAACUCUUUUCAGUGGCCAUAAACAAGAUUGAAGAGAGUGGUGAGGCUGAACCAAAGCAGUAAAGUUAAGGCAUUCAACUCAAAAUGCUUGAAGAGGGUGUCUGUGCGACCUUGUAUUGCAGAACAUCGACCCCUACUGCAAAAUGACAUCUGAAGAGCUCUUCCACCUGCCACUCAACGUCUAUAUUAUCAUCCUGGGCAUCGGCCUCUUCAUCCUCAUGCUCAGCCUUAUCUUCUGCUGCUACCUGUUCAGACUCAGGCGACAAGGUGCAAGAGAACAGUAUGGUUACAAUGAGGUUGUUUUGAAAGGAGCGGGAAAGAAACUGAGUCUUCUUGGUCAAACGUGUGCAGUUUGUUUAGAAGAGUUUCGCAGCAGGGAUGAACUUGGAGUAUGCCCUUGUUCCCACGCUUUUCACAAAAAGUGUUUGCUAAAAUGGUUGGAGAUCCGCAGUGUCUGUCCCAUGUGCAACAAGCCCAUUUGCCGCCUCCAGCCUGACGCCCCACAAGCACCUGAGCGACCACCCAGUCUCCUGGAGGUCUGAGAGGGGAACAUACAUCCAGCAGCACUUCGCUCUCUGCAGUCAAAUGACACCUGUCACUGAAGAGCGUCCUGUUUCACUGUCCAACAGAUUGCAGUUUUAGUAAAUGCAAACAUUUUUGAGGCAGAGCUACUUAUAUAAUUAUCUGAGUUCAAAGUCCAGAGCCAAAGAACCUACCUGGAAAAUUAUAUGGGAUGAGAUUAUAACGCUGAGACAAGGGUGGUAUAAAAUUCAUGCUAUAAAAUUCAGCCAGAUUAAGGCUAACUAUCAAGAAGAUAUUGCAAUUUUCAGAAUACAGCCAGGCGUUUAAGCUAGUACACAAGUGCCUUAAAGCUUCUGACCUCUGAAGGCUGCUGAAAAACAAAUGAUCAAGACACAGUGGUGAUGAUUCAUAAGUGUCUCAAAUUCAAGUUAAAGCAUGUAUAUGAGCUGAAUUGACUGAAACAUAUGCGAGACGGCUACCAAGCAAGAGAGGUCUGUUUGGGGCUCUUCAGCUGACAAAACCGGGCCAUUUCAACAGGAGCUAAGGCAUUCUGCGGCCCUGUUUGUGUCAACAAAGCCGGAUAUUUUAAGGUCAAACACCAUCUUUUUCCUGACCAUAACCAAGCGGGCUUUGUGCCUAAACCUAACCAGACCUUGAGGACAGCAUUGUCAGAACACUAAAUAGUUUUUCACGUGGUUUGCAGAAAUGUGCAAUGCUAACAUCUUUUUUGGCAAAUGGGCUGCAUCAACAUCAUGGCAUCAUUGGCAAAAGCAUUGCUUUCAUCACCAUCAGAGUCUGGAGAUAAUGGCUUGUUUGGAAAUGUUCAAAUUCCAGACUUGACUGGCAAGAUACAACACACGCAGCUGUGUGUCUUCUACUUCUGUUUCGCAGCUGUGUUGGUCCCUCAGCAUGUGUUAGAGUGUUACUGCCGUAACGCAACUAAAGAGAUUAUUUCUUCCCCCAGAGCAACUCUGCCUCUGAGAAAGGUUUGUACGACAAACAUUCUGGUUAUUUUCAGUUUGCCCAAAAAAGAAUGCAGCCCCACAAGAAUAUGGUGUGUUUUUCACCGCCACUUAAGAGCCUGGAGCUUGGAAAGAAGAAGAUUCAACCACCAGAUACCAAAUUUCAUGGCAAAUGCAGAGACUGUGAUGAAAGAUGUGCAUGAGAAAACGAGACUCAAAACAAAAUAGGACAUAUGUGAAGUAAAGAGAAUCAGGGGUGUGUGUCUUUCCAUUGUCUCCCAAUCAAUCAGCUCCAUCCUACAGCGUGUUGCCAAGCUGAGUGAAGAAAGUGAGUCCCUAAAUGGCAUGACAGUUGAGUCAUCUGGGAUCUUACAGAAAAGCCAACUAAAUGCUUUCACAACCUCAUCCUGACUCAACCACUAAAAUAACACAUAUAUACAUGGUGUUUAAGUUAUUCCUGGGAAACUGUUUUGUAUCGUGACUGGCUUUCAGUAAAUGUAUUGUGUGUCUGUGAUGCUAAAACACUUUGAUUGUCAUUUGUCAGUGUGUCAUGGUUGCCAGUGGAACAGAACUGAACGAACCAUUCUUCAAUAAAAUCAUAGCUCCCAGUGUCGAAGAACUACUCUGAAUUGAAGUGAUAUAAAUAGACACACUGCACUGAUAUGAAAAGCCUGUUUGUGCUGGUUUCUAGUCAGGAUGAGGUGCACCAUAAACAUCUUUCUCUGUAUGUACCAUGUAAUAUACCAUGAAUACUGUGUAAAUUGUAAAUGCUUUUAAAUUUUCUGACUUUAGGAGAAAAAUUAUAACCAGUGUUUUGAUAAAGUCA